AUGAGACAACGAAGGUGGCGUGAGUUAGUAAAAGAUUAUGACUAUGAGAUAUUAUACCAUCCAGGUAAAGCGAAUGUGGUAGCUGAUGCUCUUAGUGGGAAAGUAUCACAUUCAGCAGCACUUAUUACCAGACAGGCCCCAUUACAUCGAGACAUUGAGAGAGCUGAGAUUAGUAGUGAUCCUUGUUUGGUGGAGAGACGUCACCUUGUAGGAUCAGUGAAAACUGAUGAGUUCUCCAUAUCCUCUGAUGGUGGGCUGUUGUUUGAGAGACGUCUAUGUGUGCUAGUAGACAUUGCAGUUAAGAGUGACUUACUAAAUGAAGCCCAUAAUUCCCCAUUUUCCAUGCAUUCUGGUAGUACGAAAAUGUAUGAGGAUCUAAACGAGUUUAUUGGUGGCAGAUGCACGUUUUACUUCCAAGUUUUAGAAGGAACUUCAUACUGCCAUGGGCACAAAUUAGAUUUUAGUACAACCUUUCAUGCACAGACUGAUGGUCAAACUGAACGUUUGAACCAAGUUUUUCAGGCUACUAUUGGCAUGGCGCCAUUUGAGGCUUUGUAUGGUAAAUGUUGUAGAUCUCCUAUUUGUUGGAAUGAGGUUGGUGAACAGAGAUUGAUGGGUCCUGAGUUGGUUCGACAAAUGAAGCUAUGCAGAAGAUUAGAGCACUUGAGUCCUCGUUUCGUUGGACCAUUUGAGAUUUCAGAGAGAAUUGGUGUUGUGGCGUAUCGUUUGGCAUUACCACCAUCUCUCUUUGCAGUUCAUAAUGUUUUUCAUGUUUCGAUGUUGAGAAAGUAUGUGGCAGAUCCAUCUCAUGUGGUGGACUACGAACCACUAGAGAUUGAUGAGAAUUUGAGCUAUGUGGAGCAACUAGUCGAGAUUUUGACUAGAGAGGCAGAUGCUUUGUAG